CAUCACUACGCUAUCUAUAUAAAUAGGUUUCAAACAUAUGAAAUACCAUGACAUUCGGAAUUAGAGCGUUUUCUAAGCUUGUCGUGCCUAUUGUUGGCAACGUUGUUUGUUUAUCAAGGGCCCAAUUAAGCAGUGUUAAAAUGGCUGCGAAUAAUCCGGAUUACAAGAGCGCAACUUCUAUUCAUGAGUUUACGGUGAAAAACAUAAAGGGUGAAGAUGUGAAACUGGAUGUAUACAAGGGCCAUGUUUGCAUCGUAGUAAAUGUUGCAUCGCAGUGCGGUUUGACCGCUAACAAUUACAAACAACUCAACGAACUUUACGAACAAUACGCGGAGAGCAAAGGUCUGCGUAUCUUGGCGUUCCCUUGCAACCAGUUCGCCGGUCAAGAGCCAGGAGACCCUGAGGCGAUUGUGUGCUUUGCUAAAGACCGCAAAGUCAAAUUUGAUUUGUUCGAAAAAAUCGACGUCAAUGGUGACAAUGCUGAUCCUCUAUGGAAGUUCCUAAAGCAUAAGCAAGGAGGCACCCUCGGCAACUUCAUCAAAUGGAACUUCACCAAGUUCAUUGUUGACAAAAAUGGCGUCCCAGUUGAGCGCCAUGGGCCAAACACUGAUCCACUUGACCUUGUCAAGUCCUUGGAAAAGUACUGGUAACUUCAACCAUUGUAAUGUAGCUUAGGGAAUAAUGAUUCAUAAUAAAAGCAUAUAAAAAUUACUAUAUAGCGGUGGAGGGGUAUCAAACAUACACCUUGGACAAGCUGAAACUUUUACCUACAUUUUCUUUGGUACAUGGUCUGGUCUGGUAAUAUGCAUUGCCUGAAAUUAGGCAACCUAGUUACAAUCGAGUUCUAUGGACUUCUCGCUGCUACAAGUCAAUGGUUGUUGUUUUUAUGACAUGUUUUGGAUUAGUCUAUGUUGGAUUAUUUGGACCUUACAGCAAUCAGUUCAUAACCCGAAAUCAACAACAAAACAAAUAUUUUUUUAAAUGGGUUAAAAUGAACAAUAUACCUAAUUAUUAACCCAGAUGAUACCUUUUUAAAUUAUUAUAGAACAGUUUAUAUUCUCUUAACUAUAUCUACCUAUAUCCUAUACUUAUGCUUUACAAUAUGUUGAUUAAAGUUGCAUAUUCACUUUUAUACUUUUGAUUUGAGUUUGAUGUGUAACAGAUGGUCACCCUUCAAUGUUAUCAGUUAAUUAAGACCACCUUUAAAAUGUAAUCAUUGAAGUGCCUAUGUAACACAUAGGUACAAAGAAUUUCUCGUAAACAUGCUUUGUUUUUAAUGUGAUUAAAAUAUUUAAACACAAGAUUAAUGUUAUCACUUAUAAAUUAGAGUUAAGGGGCUUAGCAUUUGUAUAUCUUUUUGACACUAGCUUUUUAGUCACACGAUUUCGCUGGGUACUGUCAUACUGGAAUGGGAGCGAAGUCGUUGCGUGCUCGCGGCGAGAUCGUUGCGCGCUCGUGGCGAACUCGCUGCGCGCUCGCCUCGCUUUCAACUCGCUCGCACAUCGCCAGUGUGACCGCGCCCUAUGAUUAUAUCUAAAGCAUCACAGUGGCUAGUUGGCUACACUUAAAUGACUUGCAUUUAUGAACGUCUGUGAUUGGCUGAUUAAUUUAAAACACCAGUGUCAUGACCAUGAGUCACUGUUUAUAAUAAUCGUUUUUUAGUGCUGUGAAAUAAAAAUUUGUUUUCAAUAUAUAUAUUUUUUGUUAA